UCGCUGAAAACAGUUGGCGGGUGGAAAACUACAGGUUCAAAUCGAAUACAACGAGACAAACUUGUGUCAGUGGAUUUUCCAUCAGUUCGCGGUGUGUUUAACUGCUUGUAAUCACCGAAAAUCUCGUUUAUUCACCGGCGGGUUUAGUUUGUUUACGUGACGGUGAAAAGUGUCGGGAUGGAUGUCUCUCAAGAAGAUGGUGAAGUUGCGGAGAUUUCAAAGAAACUGGAAAAGUCUUUGUCCAUGGAUACGGAUGACAACAUGGAAGCCUACCACAGAUUCAUUCAAGAUGGUAAAGGUGUUGCCAAACAAGGGGACCUGAAAGGGGCUCUGAAGCUCUUCAAACUGGCGUACAACAUUCACCAGAGUCAAAAACUUGAAAGCAGGAUAAAGAAAGUUGAGGAACUUCUUGCUCAGAUUGAUUCGGAGGAUGAAGAUGAAGAGUUUGUCAAUGUUAACAACAGCGGUUUAAUCAUUUUCAAAGAGUUAUAUGACAAGCUUUAUGACUACCAACGAAAUGGAGUGGCCUUCUUAUACAGUCUCUACAGAGAUGGUCGUAAAGGUGGGAUCUUGGCAGAUGACAUGGGCCUUGGUAAAACCAUCCAGGUGGUAUCAUUUCUCUCUGGCAUGUACGACAAUGAUAUGGCUAAACACACACUGCUGGUCAUGCCAACCUCACUCAUCACAAACUGGACCAAGGAGUUUGCCAAAUGGACUCCUGGCCUGAGGGUGAAGGAGUUUCACGGUGCGGGCAAAGAGAGGACCAGGAAUUUGGAGAAAGUUCAGAGAAGAAAUGGCAUCAUCAUCACCACAUACACAAUGCUCAUGAACAACUGGCAGCAAUUGUCGUCAUACCAUGGCAAAGAGUUCACAUGGGACUACAUGAUCCUGGAUGAGGCACACAAGAUAAAAUCCACAGCCACGAAAACGGCCAAAAGUGCCGCCGCCAUACCUUCAAAAAACAGAGUUCUUCUCACAGGCACUCCAGUCCAGAACAACCUAAAAGAAAUGUGGGCUCUCUUUGACUUUGCUUGCCAAGGCGCCCUCCUCGGCACAGCUAAAACAUUCAAAACAGAGUAUGAGAACCCCAUCACCCGGGCCCGAGAGAAGGACGCCACUCCAGGGGAGAAGGCUCUCGGGUCUCGGAUGUCUGAGAACCUCUUGACCAUCAUUAAACCUUACUUCCUCCGCAGGACAAAAGCAGAAGUGCAAAAGAACAAAAUGAACGGCACACAUCCGUGCGAAAGGGACUAUUCGGACAAGGACAGCAAAGUUCCAAACCUUCCAAAAGACUCUGGAGCAGUCAUGCCCACGCUGACGAGAAAGAACGACCUGAUUGUCUGGACUUACCUGAGCUCUGUUCAGGAAGACGUAUACAGGCAGUUCCUUUCGCUGGACCACAUCAAAGAGCUGCUCAUGACCACCAGAUCACCUCUAGCUGAAUUAACCAUAAUGAAAAAGCUGUGCGACCACCCAAGAUUGCUUUCUGCUGCAGCCAUAGCCAAGUUAGGCUUGGAGGAAAGUACAGCUGAAAAUGAAAACAUGGAGGCAGACACAGGCAGCAUCGCAAACGUUUCUGAUGACACCUUAAUAUCUGAGUCUGGGAAACUUGUCUUUCUGUUUGCGCUGCUCGAAAGGCUCAGAGAAGAAGGCCACCGCACACUCGUCUUUGCUCAUUACAGGAAGGUGCUUGACAUCCUCCAACGCAUCCUGGGCAACCGAGGCUUCAAAGUAUUGAGACUGGAUGGCACAAUAACGCAGAUUGCAGAGAGAGAGCGGCUCAUUACUCUGUUCCAAACAGACAAACGUUACUCUGUCUUCCUCCUGACCACCCAGGUUGGAGGAGUUGGCAUCACUUUGACGGCAGCAAAUCGAGUCGUGAUCUACGACCCCAGCUGGAACCCAGCAACAGAUGCCCAGGCUGUUGACAGGGCGUACCGCAUCGGCCAGACUGAAAACGUCGUUGUCUACAGGCUGAUAACCUGCGGCACGGUGGAGGAGAAGAUCUACAGACGGCAGGUUUUCAAAGACUCUCUCAUCAGACAGAAUACUGGGGACAAGAAGAACCCUUUUCGGUACUUCAGCAAGCAGGAGCUGAAGGAGCUCUUCAUUCUGGAGGACCCACGGUCCUCAUCUACACAGAUGCAGCUUCAGGCUCUGCACUCCAGACACCGACGGACAGACCCUGAACUGGACGAGCACAUUGCCCACCUCCACUCCAUGGAGAUGUUUGGGAUCUCUGACCACGACCUGAUGUAUUCUCUCGAUGUCAACCGUGACGAGGCCGAGGACCAAGAGGCGCACCUCUACAUUGAAGGGAGGGUCCAGAAGGCCCAGGAGCUGAUGAAGGCUGAGUCAGAAUUACAGAUGCAGUUGGCAGAGAGCAUAGCUUCAAGCACAGAACCAGCCUGGCUCAGACAACCACUGGACAACCACAACAGAGAGCGGUCUAAUGACAAAAAGACAAGAAAUCCAAGACCAAGUCCUUCCUAUCCACAGCCUGACCACAACUUCAACGGGUCACCUGUUGUGGUGGAGUUGGACCAGUCGGGUUCUGACAAGGAGGCCAGCCAACAGAAUCUGAGUGACAGAGUCAUUGAUCUUACUGCAGAUGACAGUAUGUCAGAAGAACAACCUUUUGUAGAAGUAAGCCAAGACAAGCUUGCCCAGCAGAAGCUGGAUUCCCCAAAACACCAGUCUGUCAAGCAGGAGAGACGUUACCUGAUAGAAGAAGACGCCGCUCCUCAGGAGGUGAUUGAUGUGUCUUUGGUGAUGUCAGAGGCCAGUGAUGCUCAAGCAGGUGAUAAGGCAGAUGCCUCUGUUCAAGAAUUAAUGGAUGAGUCUGCAUCGUCUGAGGAUGCAGGUGCUUCAGCAGGUGACGGCAGCCCAGCUUACAUUACAGCACUUGAUGAAGAUAAGGAGCUAAACGGAACUUCACACUCAGAAUACAACUCCAAGAUGGAUUUGGGGCAUUCACGUGUCACACCCCUGCAAAACAAAAGACUUUCUGUCUUGCAAGCAUCCUGUUCAAGCUUCAAAGCAGACACAUCAUCAAGAGUCAGCACAGGGAUUGAAUCCUUUGAGGGCAACUUCCAUUUACAGCUUGAGGACAGUGACAUGUUCUCAGACCAUGAUGUCCUGGACCAUCAGGAGACGGAAGCAGAGGAGAGGAAGCUGCUGUUGCAGCUGCAGAUGGAGGGGAGUUUUGACAUAAAUAAAUCCCUUUCUGAGAGACAACAUGGAAAAGCGCUCGGCCAAAGCCUUAACGGCACCUCUGAGAUGGACGGUUCAAUGGAUGAUUCCAUUGUGGUUACCAAGAAGAAAAGAGCAGCAGUGAUUUAUGAUACUGAUGAAGAAGAAGAUGAUGAUGAUAGGAGUCAACUCAACAACUCCUUCCAGGCUCUUGGAGCGUCAACACCUAAAUCUGCACCAUCUGGCCCCAGCCCUCUCAGGUUGAGAAAGAGUGUGGGAGGAAACCUCUCCGUGGCCUCACGCCGGUCCCUCCUCCUGUCCAUCAUCGACGACAUGGAGAACCACAAUGAAGAGAUGACUGAUGAGGACGAAGAAGAUGAUGACGUUUCAGAGAGGCAUUCUGAUGAGGCCGAAGAGGACGACAUCGUUGGUUCAACUCCGGAUGAGCUUCAGCUGGAGAAGACUGUCGGAGAAACAUUAAACACAGAGGGUGAGGAGGAAGAAGAAGUAGUGGAGGAGGAGGAGGAGGAGGACGAUGAUGAUGAUGAUGAUGAUCAUCAGUACUCUGUGUCGGCAGAUUCCGCCGAUGUGUCAGGACAGGAAAUGAGCAGUAACAUGGAGCAGUCAACCGGUGAGCCUGAGCUAGUGUCCUCCGAGAGGAUGGAUCAGUGCACCGUUGAUGCAGGAGUCAAGACGAAGCUUUCCGUCGAGGAGGAGAGCUUUGACUCCCUGGUCAGUAAAGGGAAGGCGUGCCACAGCCAAGGGAAGCUGGACGACGCCCUGGGCUUCUUCCUGAGGGCUAUCGACAUCAAACCUGGAGAUCCUGAGGUUCAGCUCAUGACCAUCCAACUGUACCGACAGCUGAGUCAGAGGAGUUAGCUGUUCAGAACAAUCCUGCGAUGUAAACUACUUCUAACACAACCUGAAAUUAUACUGUUAGAAUGUUCAACAAAUUCAACGUGCACACUAGGGGUGCACGAUUCAGAAAAUGUCACGGUUCGAUAUUGAUUUGUAGGCUCAAGAUUAGAUUCAAAAUCGAUUUACAAUUUUGAAAAAAAAAAAAAAUAUUCACAGUAUUUUUUUAAAAACACAACAAAUUAAAUGUACUUUGAUAUUAAUUUAUAUGUCUUCAUACAAAAAUAAAUUUUGCAACUAAAAUCAAAUGGUAUACACGCCAUUACAAAAUGAAGAAAAAAAAAUUAUUGAUUUUUGGAAUUCUAUAAAUUUUGAUUUUGAAUCUGUAGAGCUUGAAUCGCGAUCCGAAUAUGAAUUUUUUUUUUUAUUAUUUUUGCGCACCCCUAGUGCACACCAAAACGAACAGUGAGUUAGUCCAUCCAUCCAGACUUAUUCUUUAACUUUGACACAGUAACAUCACCUCAGUAAUAUAGACUCUUUCCUUAACCUCUUGCUCAGACAUGAUCAAUGUGCUUCUUAAACUGAUUUGGAAUUUACCUAUGGCAUGUAACUACCAGCAUUGAAGGUACAAUUUUAUUUCUAAAGAAUUAAAGGGGCGCUAUGCAGUUUAGGCAAUUUCUUCGCUGUUUUCUCGCUUUUUGCUCGCCGGGUUUCUCUAUAGAGCUCCACCUACCUAUUAACGCUGUCGGAAAAACUUGUUGGCGACUCUCCCCCGUCCCAUCUCCUCCCUCUGGUCAUGUGCAUUUGUUUUCAAUAGAAGCCACCGAACGCAUAGAGCCAUGUCCACUGAGGUUUUUCUCGAAAUAUUACCCUUCUCUCCCGGAUCCCUAACCUUGUUCUUUUUUCCUACAAUGGCCUUAGAACGCUGUCGGAGCAGAAGCAACUUGCAUUGGCCAACAUCAAGCUGACAAGAAACUGUUAGAUAACGUUUCUGAUCAAAGAUACUUAAAAGUGCAACAGCAAGAACGCCAGGUCAGCAUUGGAUUUGCAGGCUUCUGUCUCAGUUCUCGCCAUUCUGAAAACGCAGGUCCAAUGUUUACUCAUGUCUGACUCCUCGCUCGGUCAGUCUGCCGUUUCCUCUUCCUCUGUUCCUCCGACAAUGCUUUCCUAGCUUUCUGCUUAUUUUUUGCUGACUCAGCCAUGACGAUAGUGUGAAAAACUCCAUUGCUACCUUGUUCUUAUAGCUAGCCGGUUCCUGGAUGGGGGCGUGUAGCGGCCAUAAACGGUGAAAGAAAGUAGCGGCGUGUAGUUUAUUACAUCCAUGGUGUAUGUGUGCAGUGCCGUUAAGCAAUUCGUUACAUCGCGAGACCUGAUAUCACGCGACACUUCCUGGCGCUGUGGCCGGCAGCUCGCCGGCCGAAAGUCGCAAGGAUGGCUUUUCCGCUCACAGGCGCUAGGGGGAGCGAGACGUCCACCAUUCAACUCGAAAAAAGUCAUAUAACCAUUCCAAUGACUCCAAAGCUCUUCAGUUAAGGUAAAUUAAGCUUAAAAAAAAAACUGCUUAAUUCCCCUUUAAUGUUUUGUCACCUUUGGCAUGCAAAUAAUUUCCAUAAACAUAACAAAUUUGUAUCUUUGUAUUGUUGCUGUUAAAAGCCUGUAUCAUAUUUUGUAUAUUUACAGAAAUUACAGGAAUAGAUGUGUUGCAUGUAUUGUAUUGGAUCCUUAUUUGUUAAUAAAAAAAUUCUCUUGAAACCUG